AUGGCCACCCCUCCAGAGACACGUCCAUCCACCCCAGGGACACCAAUCACUUCUACCGCCCGCAAUGUCUUUGACUUCGACGAACGCCUCUUUGCUGCCGCAGGAGACCUUGACAAACAGGCCAACCCUUCCUCCAACAGCAAGCAAGAGCUCUUUGUCUUCCAAUGGCUCGCCUCCGUCGAGCGUGAGCUCAAACGGUGCGGUCACGAUAUCUUCAGGAUCAUGCAGCCAAACUUGGAACGGCAGCUUCUCAAGUUGAUCUCUAUGCCCACACCAAAACCCCGCCAUCCUAUCAGACGCCUCAUCGCCCGCUGCUUCCUUUCCCUCUAUGUGCGAGGCAACUCCUCCACCUUGUUCGAAACAAUUCAGAUCCUUCAGAGUCUCAUCGAAGGCGGCAAAGGCAUGGGCGACAAGGAUGUCAAGCUUGCCGCGAUUCACUGCAUCGGAGUCAUCAUGGAGACCAUUGGCGAAAAGAUUCAAUCAUUGGUACCCGAUCUUGCUACCUCCUUCCUCAAAGUUAUCAAGAAUGAAAAGAUAUACCCCUUGAUUAUCAGAGUGGAAGCGAUGGUUGCAUUACGGAAAAUGCUGCAGGGUGCUGGACGUGGAGCAACAGACCUGACAAACAAGGAGAUUCUAAAGUCACUCAAGCUCACUAUCCUGGACAAGGCAUUAAUCAUGCGCUCAUCCUCUGCAGAGUGUCUUACGGCAUUGGUCAAGCACACAACAAUCGUUUUCACAAAAGCAGAACUGGAAGCAUCUAUGACACUGUUCAUCAGGGCAAUGGACGAGUCGACCUUUGAGAUCAGGAAAUCGGUUGCAACUCUCAUUGCAACACUUUUGUACUCGAAAUUCCAAGGAGAAGAAAACUUGAUGAUGGCAAGCGCACAGUCUCCACCACCUACGGGACCUGGAGGGAAACCUGCAACCGGCAACGAGAUUUUCACGCUGGACGUGAACGAGCUACUUUCACAUCUUUCAACCGCAUACAACAAACCCAAUACAAGUCGCGAGGUCCGCGCAGGAUUAUCAGAGACGUAUGCUGCCUUAUUGAUUAUGCUGGGGCCUUCGAUUGUGGAACGGCACUAUGGCACGAUCUUGAAGCACUUGCUGACGGAACUGGUGUCGAACCCCAAGAACACCGGAUCGAGAUUUGAGAUUCUGACAGUACGGGAGCACGUCGAGUACAUGUUGCGCGGUGUGAUUGGAGCGCGUCUGUUGAGCGAGUCGGGACAGAUUGCAUCUAUCCGUGAGUUGGUCGGUAGCUGGCUGAAGAUGUGGCCCGCUGUGAUGCCUGGCGAAAUCGAACCCUCGGAGUAUGCCCUCAUCAGCGCACUGAACGAGACUUCAGCCUUGCUCUUGGAUCUUGGGGGUGCAGCCAGUUCUAUCCAGGACAUUCUGAUGUCGUCGCUUACCAACCUGGUCUCGCACCCUUCUCGUGCGGUCCAAACUGCCACAGCAUGGUGUCUGAGGUGCCUAUGCAUAUCCCUCCCGACAAACCUCGCCAAACUGAUCCAAACCCUCAGCGCCAAACUCUCGACAGACCUGGGCACCCUCAACAACAACGGAAACAACUUUCAGGAUGUCGCAACAAGAGCCAACGGUCUCGCCUAUGCGAUUGGAGGACUCAUCACCGUCAUCUCUGUCCACCCUCUUUAUGUUUCGUUUGAGAUGAGCGCACGUAUCUUUUCUAUGGCAGCCCAGUUGAUCAAGAAUAGCACCAACAAGGAGGUCCGUGUAGCAGCAGCUCAGAUCCAGAUUGCUUGGGUCUUGGUCGGCGCCCUGAUGUGCCUCGGACCCAACUUUGUCAAGAUGCACCUCCCUCAGUUGUUGCUCAUGUGGAAGACCGCCCUUCCAAAGUUCACCUCCAAGGAUGCCACAAACACGAAUCGAUCGGAACUGGAUUGGGCAUUCAUGAUGCAUGCUCGUGAAUGUGCUCUGGGCUCCAUCGCGUCGUUCCUGUUUCACAACGGCGAGAAACUGGUCACUGUCGAUGUGUCGAAGCGAGUUUCUGCUCUCUUGUCCAACACUAUGGCCUUUGCAGCCGUCGUCCCUACCACGUUCCCUCCUCAGCCGGCGGCCCCAGGAAACAAGGCUCCCGUUCACGAGCUGUUGACUAUUAAGUUUUCGGAACGGGAUGACGCUCUCAGGAAACGUAUCUUUGAGUGCUUUGUCGCCAUGCGACAUACCUCUGCCUUUGAGGUGUACCACUCGAUUCUUAUCAAGGCUGCCCUGGAUGUGUUUUCAGACCCGGACAGGACUUCAGGAACUGCUGUGACAAAUGCCAUUUCAGCAGCAACCUUCACGACUGUCUGGGCUGUUGACGAUGGGUAUGGAUACGGUGUCACUGGCAAGGUCCAAGGGUUGCGAUGCGACAUUGCAUCUAGAACAAGCGGCCGUCAGGAGGAGAUUCUGGAUGGCAAGGAUUACGACAGCGCUACUAAAACAACAGAGAACCUGCUCAAGAAACCGAUUUUGGGCGCACCUGAGCACGACCCCAUGGUGAUCUACACGACAUUCGCCCUUCCAACAGCUGUCUCGCGGUACUCUCUCCCCAAGCCUCGUCCUGUCGCGACUGGGGUGAUUGAUGCUGCGAUCGAGCUCUUUGCGAUUCUAUUACCCUUGCAGUCGUCUGUCCUCCAGGGCUCGAUGAUGGAUGACCUGUCCAAGAUGCUCAAGAACUCGACUUUGGACAAGAACCCGGGGAGGAAGAUGGCUAUUCAAGUCAACGUUGUCGUUGCGCUCCUGGGUGCCACCAAGUAUGCCAUGGCUGAGGGGAAGCGCCAUGAACAGCGAGCCUUUGAGGGCCCUCUGGCAUCCACCCUCUCACAGUCCAUCCUCAAGGACUCGAUUGUUCAUUCAGAUCCUUACAUUCGGUUCGUCGCGUGCGAGGCUCUCGGAAGACUGACCAGCGUUCUUGGAAGUCUCACUGUCACCAACCAGAUCAAAUACCUCAUGGAUCAAGUCGUUGCCAACCGGGAUCCGGAUGCUCGCGCGGGAUAUGCACUUGCGCUCGGUAAUGUGUUCUCCCACUUGGGCGGUAUGAUGGCAGGAGGUCACUUGCGGUCGAUCGUCGAGUACUUGACGUCGCUCAGUCGUGAUCCUCAUCCUAUCGUACACAAGUGGUCACUUCACUCUCUGGCUCUGACCAUCUCAAGCGCAGGCCUCAUGUUCAGCCCAUAUGUCUCCAGCACGCUCACCAACGUCGCCACGGUCUACUUGGCAGAAUCACACGAGCUCGCCGGAGCUGGAUCAAUUGCAACAGCGAACAUUGCGAUGGCCUCAGAGUUGUCAGUCUACCAUGAGCUGGGCCGAAUUAUUUACGGUCUGAUUGGAAUCUUGGGCCCAGAGUUGCAGUCGUCUGCUAAGGUGCGUGAGCUCUGUGUCGGUCUGGUUGAGGAACUCCGGAACGAGGACGACGAGUUUGUGAUUGUCCAGGGAAUCCGGUGCACCCAGCAUUUGAUCAUGUUUGCGCCGCUAUUGGUCGACAUGUCGACGCUGGUUCCUUUCCUGCAGGCACGUUUACGUCGGAGCACGGGUCUCAGUCUGAAGAAGGCGGCAAUAACCUGCAUGUAUCAAUUGGUUCAGCGCGAUGUCAAGUCAGUCUUCCAACACUCGAUGGGCGGCCUGGACGAUCAGUUCUUCAAGUUGCUGGACACGGAUCCUACUCUGCAGGAUGUCAAGGACGUGGUCAGGAGCUGGAUCACCCAGACAGCUCUCGAACAACCUAGUCAAUGGAUUGAUAUCUGCAGGAAGGUUCUCUCCAGGACUGCCAUCGAUGAGGGUGGGGAGCUCAACUCUAACGCUGCCGCCGGUGGUGCUAGCAGCAGCGCUCCCGAAGUGAGCCAGCCAAAGGGAGACGAUGGCGGAUUUGGCGAUGACUUUGACGAUGACGAUAACGACAACAUGUUUGACGACAUUUCAAGGCCCGCCAAGAAGGCCUCGAGCGGGCUACCCGCCUCGGACUCUACAUCAUCAGGAGCUGCAUCAGGUGCACAAUCUCCUGUACCCGACUCUGGGCUCUCUGUUGUCGUCCCCGAUCGAUCCGUCAAAGCCGCCCCCGCAUUACCACCCCGUUGGAGAACCAGAAUCUUUGCACUAGAAUGUAUCCGUCAAGUCAUCGAUGUUGUUUCGACUAGUGGGAUUGCCGAUCAUUUCGAUCUUGUGGUUGCACGCCGCAAGAAGCGCAACUUUGGCGCCGACUUUUUGGUCCUUAAGGUCGCGGAUCUGAUCAAGAUGACCGUCUACGCCGCAUCGACGCCAAUUCAAGAGAUCCGCAUGGAAGGGCUGUUGUUGUUGAGGCAGACGAUUGAGAAGUUCAAGGAGACGGCGGAUCCCGAGGUGCCUGACAGUGUCCUCUUGGAGCAGUACCAGGCGCAGAUCGGUGCCGCGUUGACCCCGGCCUUCACGGCCGAGAGUACACCUGAGGUGGUGUCGCUGGGUGUCAAGGUCUGUGCGGUCUAUGUCGGAAGCGGUAUUAUCCAGGAAGUGGAUCGAUUUGGCCGCGUUCUCAAGCUGUUGAUUGGCGCGUUGGAAAAGUGCAAGGAGGACAAGCGACUGACAGCUGUAGGGGAUGUGACCGAUCUGACUCCACAUGCUUCUCAGAUGAUCAAGUGGGCUGUCUUGAAUGCAUGGGCUGAAUUGCAGGUCGCUAGUGUCCAUCGCAACUACCUGGUCGCGGUGCUGAGGCCCAACCUGGAGGAACUUUGCAAGUUGUGGGCGAACGCUCUGGAGGAGUAUGCGAGGUCGAGGAUCGAGUCCGAAGCAGCGCUUUCAGGCACGGGAGUACCUGCCGGCGGAAGUUCCAGCGGAGGAUCUGGCAGUGGUAUAUUUGACGCCUCGUAUGCCGACUCUAGCAAGGACACCGAGAAGAACUUUGAUCAAACAUCGACACUCAAGAUCUUGGGCGCUGUGUCAUCGUUGGUGGAUGAAAAGAACGAGUUUAUGGUGGAGGCGCUUAUGAGGAUUACUCGACCUGAGAUCGGUGCCGAGGUUUCUGAAACAGCCGCUGAAGACAAGGAGGACGAUGCAUCGCUGGAGGGCAAAGACGGUAACAGCGCAACUGCGACAACGGCCACCUCUACCGAGUCUGCUGUUAUACCAUCAGUGGCCACAGUGAAAAAGGAGGGUCCAUUGCGAUUGAUCCAUGUAAUCUUUGGACUCUGCCUCGAGAUCUUGGCCAAGACUUCGUCGACAGGGUCGAGUAUCUCGACGGCCAACAGCCAGUCUGCGAUCAAUUUGGUGGUUGUUGCGAACGAUGGAGCCUUGCAGGGUUGUCUUUUGGCCUUGCAUUCAAUUCUGAAGCCCCAGUUCAUCGAGAAGGAGUUCUUGAGCAAGGUGUUCUUGGAGAUGAUGAUGAUCUUGGAGAGAGUUGCCUGGAUGGAGGGAAGUCGCGUUCAGGGUUUGGUUGUUGGCGUGAUCUCAACGGUCAUCCAGGGGUAUGGCAAGGAUAUGCUCUUUGACGACCCAAACAACGACCUUGACAGCCACAGCGGUCUUCAGGAGGAAGGAAAGGCGGAUGGUGAUUCCACUACCAGCACUGGAACUGGAUUGUCUGCACUUCCAGAGAGUCAGCUCAAAUCGAUUGUUCAGCUGUUGGUCGAGCUCUACCUUCAGAAAUGCACUGGAUCAAAGGCAACCAGGUCUAUCGGAGGAAGUGGACGACCUGGUUCGAAAAAGACGACGCCAGAGACCAUUGAGUUGUUGGGUCGUGUUGCUGAGAUGCUGACUGUUUUAGUCAAGGUUGCCCCGCCCAAGUACCAGCUCCACCUCUCUGCCGUCACCCUCAACGUCCUCGUCAGUGUAUUGCGUGACCCCGCGUUCCAGACGGAACUGGGACCACUUGUGCUGGUGAACAUUAAGGGAGUCAUGGAGUCGCUCAACAAGAACAUUGCAGAUCUCGACCCCAAGUUCUUAGAACUCAUUCUGAAUGGGACAUUGGGGGCUCUCCUCAAGAAGCAAGCGGCUUUUGCUCCUGGUCGUCCAGAGGUUGUCGACCCAACGACUAUAGAGUCGACGGGGUUCAAUCUUGGCGACGAUUCUGGUGUGGUCCCAACAGCCGUGGACUCUGAGAUGGAGGUAUCUGCUGUGGAGAUUGCAGAGUGGUCCAAUGGCUUGUUGGGGAUGAUGUUGAUCCUGACGAAUUGUACGGCUGUCCAGAUCAAGAAGUCAUUCUUGGAACAGUUUGAGCGUUUGAUCAUGAGCAGCAUCGAGAGCAACAUCAGCAAGAUCGUGACCGUGGGAUACCAAUGCUUGAGGAGCAUAAUCUUGAUCGAGUCGUCGCGUGGGCGGAUGUUUAUGCGACAGCUGAUUCCGUUCGUGGUAACGACGAUUGUGGUCAAGGCCGCGCAGGAGGAUAACAAGGUCGGGAUGCAGGUCAUCGAGGAGGGUGUCCAGACCCUCAAGUCUCUUGCUGUUUCGUCCUCUGAGUCUUCACGCCCUGGGAUUGUAUCAAUCAUCAUGGCAACAGUCGUCCCCCUCCUCCAAGACCCUGCCACCUCGUCAUCUCCCGCACCAACAUCCAGCGCAGCACAGGUGCACACCCUAGCAUUGAACCACCUCCUCUCCCUCGGAACCCAAUUCCCUCAAGAGUUCCGGUACGGCCUCUCUACCCUAUCAAUGGAGAGGCGAACGAGGUUGGAGACAGCAAUUCGUCAGAGUGUGCUACAACAACAGGCGAUGCAGCAAAAGCAGUUGGAGGUUGAGAGGAAGGAACAGGAGAGGCUUGCAAAGGAGAAGGAAAGGGUCAAGAUUCAGUUGAAGAGUAGCUUUGCGGGCUUUACUUAG